CGCGAACACAGUGAGCCUGCCUCAGCGAGCACUGAGAACCCGGUGCUCGUCGUUUGUCGCGAUCUCAAGAGGUCUGUGUCUCCAUCAUGCCCGGCUGCUCUCUCUUUACCGCUUUCAUGACCAGCCUUCGCUCAACCGCUUCUCUUUUCUCUCUCUCUUCAGCUUCUAUCCUCUGAACAUGUCGUCUUGGUCCUCUGCUUAUCCUCCUCCCCCGCCUCGCGGGCGGUCGCGUUCUCGCUCCCCUUACCGAGGCGGCGGUUAUCCCCCUCGCUCGUCUUACCCAGAAGGAGGUUACCCACAGGAUCCCUACCGCGCUGAUUGGGAGGCGUACGAUAGGGACAGGGCGUGGGCCAACUACGAGCGGGAGAGAGCCGCAUACGAGUAUGGACGACGUCCACGGAGUCGUAGUCCCCCUCCUGGUGAAGGCCCUAGGAAGCGCCCACGCUCAGUGUCACCCUGGGAGCGAGACCGGUACGAGCCCAGACCCCGGUAUAAUGAUGACUACGAUGCGCACUCGCGAGGGUAUGGGCACGAUCGUGGCGGGCAGUACCCGCCACCUCCGCCGUAUGGCUCGAACCGGCGCGCUCCGCCAGACCCUCACACCUUUGACUAUCCUGCAACCUUGAAGCAGUAUGCGGAGUGGUUCCGUUACUACUACCCCCAACAAGCUAUGGAGGAGGAUAAUGCAGACAAGGCCGCAGAGCAGGAGGCAGGUGAUGGCAGCAAGCCUCGCAACGGUAUCAGGUCUCGUUGGGAGAAGUACAAGAAGGACUUUGCCGCCCAGCAGCUGCAGCGCAUGUUUGAGCACCACAGGAAGUCGCCGUGGUUCUCUGAGAAGUAUGAUCCUGCCCCUGAAUUCCAAGGCAUGCGCACGCGUGUGAGGAAGUUCGGUUGGCGUGGGAGGAUGGAUGUCUUCAUCUCGGAGUUGGAGUCUGGCAACUUCGAUCCUGACUUCACCGAGCAUGCCCCGGAGACGUCGUCCCCUGCUAAGGAGAACGCCAACGGUGAGGCGACUUCAGCGAAUGGCGCAUCAGCAGAGGCAGGUGGCGUCGAAGAGACCAAACCUGCUGUCCCCGCCUCCGGUGAGGAGGAUAUGCAGUUCAACGUCGAGGCUGAGGAAGACGCCGGAGACAACGACGCGAACCGCGGUGGCGACAAGAACAGGCGUCCCGUUGCUAACCGCGGGGAGGAAAUCGCAGUUCCCCCUGAGGGCAACCAAAUCAUGAUCCGCACCAUUCCUCCUGACAUCGGGCGUGCGAAGCUCGAGGAGUCUAUCCGCAAGUUCCCUGGCUUCAUCUACCUCGCCCUUGGAGACCCUCUUCAGAAGAGGAACUACUAUCGCGCAGGCUGGAUCAAGUUCGGGGAGGAUGCCGACAUGCCGUCCAUCAUGGCAGACCUGUCGGAGAAGAAGAUCGAAGGUUUCAAGUUGCAUGUCUCUCACAUCACUAAGCCGUUCGUCACACGAGUGCGCUACACGCCUGAGGUGGCCAGCAAGCCCGACCGUUUGGCGAAGGAUCUCGAGAACGCCAAGAAGCUGGCCGCUUUGCUCGAGGAAGAGUACAUGCGGCUCCGCAAGACUAGGGUCGACGAAAAGCCGCAGGACAACGGCGAGCCGUCUACUAAUGCGAAUGGCGACAAGCCUGAGGCGCCCGUCGAGGACGCCACUAUGACCGACGCCACCGCGGACGCGGAUGAUCCGGAGCCCCGGGAAAUGGGUAGCGAGGCGGUAGAAAGACGCGUCGAGAAGGUUUUGGCAGAUCUCCACGAACAGGGAGCUGUGGAUACCAGCGACGAGAAGAGCUUGGAAGCGAAGAGGACGGUGAUAGCGUUGGACUUGUACCUGGCCUAUCUUCGAGCUGCGUUCAACACAUGCUACUACUGCGCAGUUGUUACAGACCAUGUAGAAGAAUUGCAGCGGAAGUGUGUGAAGCACGUGAGAAAGCCCUUGUCGAAGAUGUUGCUGCAAGAGGUGCAAGCUGAGGCUCAGAAGGCUGAGAAAGACCCGAAGGCUGAGGAGGGUACCGAGGUCGCGAAGGAGAGGGAUGUUACCAUCAGAGAGCGGCCUGCUGAAAACCGGGAUUGGAAGCGGAAUGACGAGCGCUGGCUUGAGUGGCUUGACUCAAAAGUAGCCUUGCUGAUCAACCGCGAUGGCGUCGAUCCCCGUGACUACGGUGGCAAGAGCUACGAAGAGGAACUGUCUCGUGCUUGCGAGGCACACAUCAAGCAAGAGGACGAGGGCAAGUUCCGCUGCAAGACGUGUCAGAAGUUGUUCAAGGCGACCUCUUUCGUUGAAAAGCACAUCGCCAACAAGCAUAGUGACCUGAUCAAGCAGCUCGACGAGAUUCCGUUCUUCAACAACUUCGCGCUUGAUCCUCACCGAAUACAACCAUUCGCGCACCCCCCUCAACCCGUUGGCUCGAGCCAACCUCCCCCUCCCCAAGCGUACGGUCUUCAAGGGCCUGCGUACGCUACCGACUUCGCUCGACCUCCCCCGUAUCACGCAUACUCUGGCUACCCGCCCCAUGCGGGUUACUGGGACCCCUACGCGUAUCAGCAGCAGCAGUACGGUGGCGGUCAAUACCCACCACCUCCUCCCCGUCGGGACGAGAGUGUUUCUGGGCGCCGCCUCAGCGACAGAAUCAGCGGUCUUGCUCCUGGGUUCGAUCAGCCUCUCGAGGCACCCUUAGUUCCCGCGUCUGCGGGGCUUCCUGCGAAGCCCGCGGUCUCGAUGGACCUUGGACUCGGAGCGCGGCGUGGUCGUGGAGGCCCUGGCGGGCCUUCCCCUCCACCGCCUCCGGACGUCAAGGAAGAUCCCAGGGCGCAGGCGGGCAAGAAGGUUAGCUACAUCGACGUCGACCGGGUCGCGGAGGGCGACGUGGAGUUGACGUACUAGUUCUUGUAAUAUUGUCGCUAUGUAUGUGCACUCGCUUUUUUGUUAGGCUCUCCAACCUGUCCUGCAUCCAUCCUUCUGCGCACCCCGAACCCCCCUGUUAUCGUAUUGCCACAAUGGACACCCCGCUUACCCCUUAAUAAUCGCGAGUGGUUUAUGC